AAAUAUUCAUCAAGCCGCUUGCGGCUCCUGCGCAAAUAAAGGGAGAUAGCGGAGUCCAGGCUGAAGCAAACUUUUUUUUUUUAAGUAACAACUUUUUUCCGCGAUGGCUUUUGCGCAACCGUGACUUUCGGGACUAAGAUCCCAGCUGAAGGGAAAGAUCGCUGGGCAACAACCCGGAGGGAGCAGCGCUGGCCUGGGAAGGCAAAGAGAACAGACGGGGGUGGGAAAAAAGAAAUCAGUGAAAUUACAAAGCAGAUAAAGGAGGUGUGAUUUGUUUGAACAAAACGGUGGAGGACCGAGUAAACCCUUCUUUUUUUUCAAAGAUGAGCUUGCUGUCUGCCAUAGACACCAGUGCCUCUGUGUACCAGCCUGCCCAGCUUCUGAACUGGGUCUACCUGUCUUUGCAAGACACUCACCAGACCAGUGCCUUUGACGCUUUCAGACCAGAACCCAAUUCUUCCCACCCGGAUCUGAACUACACCAAGCCUGCUGCAGACCUGAGCUCUUCUCUCAAUUCCAACUAUCUCAACAACUUCUUUCAGCUUCAAAGGAGUGAGGCUUUAAAUAACAGUCUCUACAAAAGUGCCUCUCCAUAUGGCUCCCUCAACAACAUUGUGGAUGGACUGAGCUCGCUGACAGACCAUUUCUCCGACCUGUCUCUCUCCUCUGAGCCGCGCAAGCCCAGCAAAAGGCCUCCUCCUAACUACCUGUGCCACCUGUGUUUCAACAAGGGACACUACAUCAAGGACUGCCCGCAGGCCCGACCCAAAGGCGAAGGACUGACUCCGUACCAGGGGAAGAAGCGAUGCUUUGGAGAGUACAAAUGCCCCAAGUGCAAGAGGAAGUGGAUGAGUGGAAAUUCCUGGGCCAACAUGGGCCAAGAAUGCAUCAAGUGCCAUAUUAAUGUUUACCCACACAAACAGCGUCCCCUGGAGAAACCCGAUGGCUUGGACGUCUCGGACCAGAGCAAGGAGCACCCCCAGCACCUGUGUGAAAAGUGCAAAGUCCUGGGCUACUACUGCCGCCGUGUCCAGUAAACUGUGGACAGGAUGGUCUCCCGCCGCACGCUGUCUGAUCCUGUCCUCUGCUAGCUCACUGACAAAGUGCUCUUUAUGAAGUGAAACGUGCCAAAUUAAGUAUGUAUAUAUUUUCACUGCUAAUAGGCCUUAAAAAUAUCAAUUCAACGUAACACAUUUACCUGUGUAUCUGUAUAAAUGAAAGUGUUUAUAGCAUUAUCAAUGACCUAGACAGUAUUGCUACCCAUGCCAGACACAAUGGAUUACCUCAUAGUGGUGUCUGUUGCUUAUUUGUUUACAGAAUGGUUUGUUCCAUGUGUUUUUUUUCCCUGCCAAGUGAAAUAUUUUGAUGUGCUGGUUAGUAUUAUUACUUUUUUAUUAAUUUAAUUAGGCUUUACUGUUCAUUGGGUCAACAGCACAUCAAAAUCCAAUCAACUGUGAAUUAAGUGAGGGAUUAUGGAGGAUGUGUCCCAGAUUUGUAUGCUGCCUAGGUAUUUAUUACUGGAGAGUUGCAUGUUUUUGUUGUAGAUUAUAUCUAAUGUUUUGUUCACUGUGCAAUUGUAUUGUUUUUAGCUGGGAUGUACACACAGAUCCCGGUAGCAGCCGUGCUUCCCUGUCUGUAGAAACUACUGUAGAUUGUUUUAUAGCGUGGCUUUAAAUCUCAAUGUGUUAAUGGGUUUUACAAAAAGAUGUAACUUGUUACCUUCAACUGCCGCUUAAUAGGCUUAGCAAAUGAACUUUCAGCUGCCUGCGAGGUGCUUUCACUGGGGCGUUUCUUCCAGGCGUGGUAGCUUCACAUCUCACAGCCACCUGAGACUUCAUCCACUUGACUGUAGCAUCAUGUGGAAUGUGAGGAGCACCUGAGUUAGCCACUUGCUUUCAGUGAUCUUUUCGAUAUAUAUACGAUUCAGCUUGUACUUGACACUCUAAGAUGCAAUGGGUUGUUCUCUUCGAACUUCGAACAUCUUAAAAACGUGCAGUUUUAGGAUGAAGUGGCUGUCCUGAUGAGCCAUGUCCCCAUGUUAACGCUCACUGUGCAGUAAUCACCAGAACCACCAUGUUUCCAAGAAUUAAUACAUCUGAUAUAAUUAUAUUAAAUUAAUAAAUACAUUCAAAUUUGAUGAAUCUCGAAUUGAAUCUAGCUCGAAUCGGUUGGAUUCUGUAUGACCAAUAGGACCAUCAAAGUUUCUCAUGGUGUUUAACCUACGCUUUGAUUGGUGAGCUGCAGCUUCUUGAGACUGUAUCCAGCUUCAUUAAGAGCAGUGAUGAACUAUUUCAAAGUAUGUCUCAGUGAAUCCGAAGACCGGAUUCAGAACUGAGAAUUAAGCUUUCCUUUCAUGAAGCAAGUUCUGCUUUUCCCAAAAGGUGGCAUCUAACCUGUAAUUCAAGUGGCCGAUAUUAAGCCGAGGAAGGGGAGACUGUGCACAGUGCUUUAAUACAGCACUUUCACUGCGGAGUUCGCUCUCAGGUUUCCUGUGCUGCUGGAGUAGUAGCACCAGGCAUGUCAAUUCUUACACCCAGUCCUUUAAUGGUUUGUUGCUAAAUGUUCAGCUGCAGAUGUUACAAGAAUUUUACAAUUUUGUUUUCAUGUUGUCAGCUUUUUAAAAGUUUUUAAAGGAGGAGGAGCAGUGAUGAUGAGAAGAAAUAUCAACUGUAAAAAGCUGUUAAAUACAUUUGGCAGUCCUGAGGCUUUGGUAACUAACGGUUUUUAAAAGAAAAAAAACAUGUACUGAUUGGCUGAGAAUACAAGUUCCAAGAUGUCAUUUCCUUGAAAAUGGCCUAUUGUUACAGAGCUUUCACGCUCGGUUUCACUCAGCCAUCAAUUAAGGAUAAUUUGACAUGAAUAACAUUAGAUUUAGGACAGCUGUUAGAGUUAAUGGGGAAUGUAAUCUCAUUUCCAAUGUUUCAUUUAGAAAAAGAGAAUUCCUGUCGAAAUGGUGGAGGAACUCUAAAUCUUGUGAACUCUUCUCGUAUCUGUCGAGAAGUGUGCCAUUGAAAUGAGGUAUUUUACACUGAAUUGAAAAAGACUGGAACGUUUGUGCUAAAAUUAUGUGAGAAAGUUUCAUUAGGAAAGAAGUUUAGGGUGCUGAUGAUGGGGAUGAACUGGAGCUGGGGUCAAAUUUCUAAAUAAGUAUUACUAUAUUAUAGACUUGCGAACAGUACGAAGGAAGGUCACACACCUCAACAUUGACCUCUGCUCGCAACACCUUUGUAAGGGUUUCCAGGGGUUUAGCUGAGAUUAAUAUUCUGUGAAUGUGCCUGUUGAUUUAAAGUGAUCCCUUUCAUAGAGCAUGCUAUGAACCAAGAUGUCUGUUACUUUCAGAAAGAGUCUGGGAUAGCUCACAGUGGAGCACAGCAGAGUUGUCAUUUUGUAGCUGUUUCACCAUUCACAUUUACAGAAGAAUAUAACAUGACAUGACAAAGCGGUUUAGUAGAAGACUUUUUAAGGCCAUUGUCUUCUCAUUUCAGGAAAUUACAGCACCAGACACAAGCCCCUUAAGUAGUGUUUGAGGGUUUUGAAAUGUAGGAAUUAACAAGGUGGUCCUGACUCAUUGAAGAUGAGGUUGAAGCUGCUUAAGGUUGAAGUUUAUUUUUAAAGUAAAUUAUGUUAGGUGUGGAAUGGGUUCACAGAACACCACUUAAUGCUUCUAAUUUAGACUAAUUACAGGAAAAAUAAUAUCAGUAAAUGUUAUUCUAUUACAUAAGAAUGUAAGGUUACAAAUGAGGGGAAGCUAUUUGGUACAUCUAGCUCAAAACUGAUGCAGGGAUUCAGUCCUACUGUUGUAGAAGAAAAUGGUUCUUUUUAAUCCCAAAGUAUUUUGGUAGGGCAUUGUACUCUAACUGUACUUUGUAUUCUGUUUUAGAAUGUGUACCUUUGGAGACUAAACUUGAAAUGCUUAAAACUUAUUGUAAUUUCUUUAGCAAAUUGCUUAAAAGAUGUUAUGUCUUUUUAAUAUAGCACAUUGAAGACACUUUCAUUUCUGGAACAUGUUAGGCAGAAAUCCUUUGUUAAAUGCAAAUGAAAAUGAAGGACUACUCAGCCUGGAAUUCUUAUGCAACCGAUCUUCAGUGCUACUAAUCAGGACUUGCUAUAGAAAGUGGGAAGUAAUACAGUAUAACCCCUUGGAGCUGUGAAGUUUAUAUAUGUGAAAUUAUGUGUGAGGAUGGGACUACAUUUGCCACUCAAGCGCUUUAGUGGUAAACUGGAAAGUGUUUUCCUCUGUUCUGUGAGUUGGUUUGAAAGCAUGAACAAAAAUUUCCGACUGGCAAAAACAAUCAGACCUGUUGCCACGGAGACGACUAUGAAAUGUUAUUUGAAAGAGGGACUCUGAAAAUGGUGGGCAACGCCAGGUUAAUGUGCCUGUUCAUUUUGGUUUUGGAAACCGGUUUGUUUGAGAACCAAGCCAACAGGUCAAAGGUCGGCUCAGGCUUGUAGUCAGUGCUCCAGAAACCUGCUCUCUGUGUUUAGAAGCUUUGCUUUACCCUGUGGUGUAUAUAGUGUAUUUGAUAUAAGAAUAAUAAAUACAGAGUUAAAAGCUUUAAUUUGAUUGCCUUUACCCUACUGUAUGAUUCAAGAGUGUUCAGUUGGCAUGUUUCUGCUCAGCUCUGUCACAGACUUCGAGGAUCAUUGUUUCCAGGUAGAUUUCAUGAAGUUCAUGGUUUGUUGUCUGUGUGCCUUCAGUAAUUCUCUGGACACCAGGGCAGUGUGAAAUAAUACUGUGCAUGCGUAGUGUUAAGCUUUAUUUGCAUGUCGCCAGUGUGAACACUUGGCGAUUCAGAGCUGAUGAGAUAAUGGAUUCAAGAUGGCAGGAGAGGCUAAAACCUAUGACAGCAUUGAACAUAAAUGCUAUUGCUACCAAGGGAUAGGGCAGGACUGGUAAAAUACUGAGAUGUGAGAGGCUCAUUUUCUAUAAAGUUUAUUUGGCUGCUAUGGAGAGUUUUUGCAGCUGGGGAAAAAAACGAUUAUCUACUCUUUCGAACAAUUUCUUGGACACCUCGAAAACUCCAGAUAUGGAAUGAGCAUGCAUGCUGAGUAUCAUAUGAUUAAAUCGCUCUUAAUGAAGAGGAACAUGUCAACAGUUCAGGAACCAAUAACAAUAACUGACAGCAAGUUAAAAUUCUAGAGUAUAUUACAUACUUCAAUAUGAAAUUAGUUGAUUUUAGCAUAGGUAUACAGUUUUACAUCUGACUCCCAGCUUCUUUCUCAGUGCACUUGGGAUCAGCAGAAAACUAUUUCAAUGCAAAGUGCUGAAUCAUAUUUAAUCCCAAAAAUAAAGCCUUUACUUUUUGUAUUUAAUUGCAGGACUUAUUCUUGCCAGUUAUUCAUUGUUGUUUUGAUUGGUCUUUGGCAUUUUAUAAUCAAGGUUCUAGGUUUCUGUCUACAUGUAUAUACAGUGGCUAUACCUUUGGCAGGUUUAAUACCCUCAACUGAAAGGUUUUAGGGGCCUGAGAUUUUGGAAUUCAAAAUACAUAAAACUUAAAGGCAUAGCAGAAAUCUUCAAACGUUGUUCCUGCUCUUAUGUUUUACAUUUGAGGAAGAGUAAAGCUAGUAUCAUUCCACUGUAUUCACUGGCUUUGGCUGAAAGUUGGCUACACCAAACACCCACAUAAAAUAACAGGACUUAGGAUCGCUCUGACUGAUCUGAAAUGCGGAAAUGUAUGACCGUCUGAAGCAACUGUUAAAUGUGAUGGUUUCAAGUCGCAAGCGUAAACCAUUUUGUUUGGGAGAGAAGUGCCUACAUAAAUCUACUGUGAUCUGUGCAAGUUUCAAAGAGGGUCAGUACUACAGAGCUGACUAGAUAGAUGUAUUGGAAUGCACACCCAUUCAUGAAAUAGUUAAAUGCUUGUAGACGUAUUCGUCUUGAGAUACAUAUACUUGACUUUUACAGUUCCUUUUGAGUAUGGAGAUUUUUUUAUAUGUACAAUGUGUGUAUUUUGGAAACCUUUCUAGAUGUUAAAAUUUUAGAACAAUUGCAAAUGAUAAAAAGCUCUUUCCCUAACCGAGAUCUUUGCAAUGACUUUUUUCUGUAUAUAUUCGAAGGCCAUCUUUUUUAAAAGACUGUUCAUUGUUUUGAAUUGUUAUUUGCAAUGUCCGAGCUUUUUUUGUUUAAAAAGGGCCGUUUAUUGGAAGACAAAGCUGGGAGUUUUUCUUAAAUGUUUUACAAUCUGAGGGUAUAUCCUGCAGAAAAUAUUUAUGGAAGGAUUUUUUUAUUACAAUGCUUUUUUUUCUGUAUAAAGUAUGCAAGAAAACUACACUAGAAGGAAAUAUUGAUGUCUACAUAGAUUAUUAUAUCAAGGUUGGUACAUAAUUCUUAAAUGCCCUUGCUCUCUUAAAAGCCAUUUUUUUUGUGGAUGAAAAUAUUAUCAGUAUUAAUUAACCAAUCAUAUUAUUCAAGUGCUUAAACUAAUAUUAAAAUACUUAUUGGAGCUGAUAUAUGUGUAUUUUGGAAAUUACUUUAUCAUUUUAAAGAGCAGUAUUAAAAUGUUAUAAAAUUUUAUUAGUUAAGAGAAGUACUGAUGUUUAUGUAAUGAAAAUAUGUUACAGAGACCGCUGAAGAAAAGGCAAUAAUUAUGUGUGCUUUCAGUUAUGAAACAAUAUUUUAUGUUACAGACACUCACCACUGUAUUCAAGCACAAGAAACUGUGAGUUCUAGUAUACAAAGUCUACUAAAGCAGUAUUGUUAAAGAACUAAUAUUGAAUUUUUGUGCAUAGUGUAGAAUUGCUUUUCUGUAGAGCAAACAUGUGAGACAUACAAUUCUGUUAAAAUUUGCAUGUGCAUGAUGUUUUAAAAUUGUUUGGGGAAAAUAUUUUUCUUGUCUACAUAUUUGAUGCAUUUAGAGUGUAUAAGAUGGUCUGCAAAAUUUUGUAUGUUACCUUAGGGUACACCAAACUACUUAUAGUAUGCUUCAUUGAACUACAUUGUAUACUAGUUUACACCAGCUCAUAUUCUAUCAUACUGACUUUCAGUGUGUACCGAAAGUAAGGUCCAGUAUAUUAAUGUACACUGCUUCAUGGUAUAUUAGCUAUCAGUGUUUACUUGGUUUUUCUAACUUAAGUUUUUAAACAAACUAAUGCUAAAUUGAAAAUGGACAAAACACAGAGGGAGGCUGGAAAAAAGUUGAACUGGGAACGAGGAAAGAAUGUAAACUCUGUUCACUGUCCAUUAAAUGGCAUUCCGAAAUGUGCCUUAUUGUCGAUUAGGAAAAACAUUUGCUUUAGUACUUUUAAGAGUUUUAUUGCUUCAUUAAAAUAAUGAAACAGUU